AUGGCAGAAGAAUUCAAAGCUCAAGGAAACAAGGCUUUCUCGGCUGGCGACUUUGAUACAGCCAUAAAAGCAUUCUCCCAAGCUAUAGAACUAGAUACUUCAAAUCACGUACUAUACUCCAACAGAUCCGCCGCAUACGCAAGCUUAAAGAACUACCAAAAGGCACUCGAAGAUGCCGAAAAGACAGUCGCUCUCAAACCAGACUGGGCAAAGGGAUACUCACGAGUUGGAGCUGCUCAAUACGGCCUAUCAAAGUAUGGCGAUGCUGCUAAAGCAUACGAAGAAGGAUUGAAACUGGAUCCUUCCAAUGCUCAGAUGCAGAAGGGGUUGGAUGACUCUGAGAAUAUGCUCAUGAACGAAAUGAAUGAUAUGCCAGGCGGCAGUGCUGAUCCCUUUGGCAAAAUGUUUGGAGCAGAUAUAUGGGGAAAGAUUGCUACAAAUCCGAAACUAUCAGCGUAUCUCGCUCAGCCCGAUUUCGUCAAUAUCGUGAAGGGUAUUCAGGCCAAUCCUCGUACGAUGAAUCAGCAUCUUCAAGAUCCAAGGAUUAUGAACCUCGUAAUGAGCUUGAUGGGAAUCAACGCAUCAGCUGGCGGUGGUGACGAUGCCGCAUUCGACGAUGAAGAUACUCCAAUGUCAGCUGCUCAACCUACAUCUGAACAACCCACCCAACAACCAUCAUCCACAACAAAAACCUCAUCAACACCAUCUAGUACAACAAGACAAACACCAAAACAACCAGAACCUCAACCAAUGCAAGUGGAUGAACCGGAAGUCGAAUUAUCGGAAACUGCCAAAGCUCGAGUCGCAAGUGAUGCUGAAAAAGAAAAGGGUAAUGUCAGUUAUAAGGCUAGGAAGUUUGAGGAUGCGUUGAAGCAUUAUGAUGCUGCUUGGGAGGCUGAUAAGACCAAUGUGCCUGUGUUGACUAAUAAGGCUGCGGUCUUGUUUGAAAUGGAAAAAUACCAAGACUGUAUAAAAGUCUGCGAAGAUGCUAUUGAAGUCGGUCGUGAACUACGUGUAGAUUACAAACUGAUUGCCAAGGCAUUCGCAAGAAUCGGAAAUGCAUAUGCCAAAAUGAAUGACCUACCCAACGCAAUCAAAUACCUGCAAAAAUCUCUGUCAGAGCACCGAGAUGCUGGUGUACUCGACCGACUCCGUGCUAUUGAAAAGCAGAAAGCUGUGGCUGAUAAGGAAUCCUAUCGUGAUCCAGUCAAGAGUGAUGAAGCUCGUGAGAAGGGUAACGAGUUUUUCAAGAAGGGGGUCUGGCCUGAUGCUGUCAAGUUUUACACUGAAGCAAUCAAAAGAAACGACACCGAUGCCCGAAACUAUGCCAACCGAGCAGCAGCAUACAUCAAGUUAUUGGCACUACCUGAAGCAGACAAGGAUUGUGACGAAGCGAUUCGUCUAGAUCCCAACUUUGUCAAGGCAUAUAUUCGUAAAGCCGCUAUAUUCAUUACCAAGAAAGAGUUUACGAAAGCUGUGGAUAAGCUACAGGAAGCCAAGAUGAAGGAUGUUGAUGGAAAGGCUGCUGCUGAGAUUGAUCAACAUCUCAUGAAAGCAUACGCAGGACUGAAUGAAGUACAAACUUCUGAAAACAAGGAAGAAACAUUGAAACGAGCACAGAAUGAUCCUGAAGUCAUGUCCAUUAUGAAUGAUCCUGCUAUGAGACUUAUCUUGCAACAGAUGCAAGAAGAUCCUAGUGCUGCUAAAGCUCAUAUGAGGAAUCCAGAUGUUGCAGCCAAGAUUCGUGUGCUUGUUAAUGCUGGUAUUCUGAGAAUUGGCUAA